AUGGUGGCGGCGCCGUGUGCCCGGAGGCUGGCCCGGCGCUCGCACUCGGCGCUGCUCGCGGCGCUCACCGUGCUGCUGCUGCAGACGCUGGUCGUGUGGAAUUUCAGCAGCCUCGACUCCGGAGCCGGGGAGCGCCGCGGGGGUUCAGCGGCCGGAGGCGCGGAGCAGCCGCCCCCGGCCCCGGCCCCACGCCGGGAGCGCCGGGACCUGCCCGCCGCCGAGCCGGCUGCAGCCCGAGGACGAGGGGGCGGCGGAGGACGGGGGCCCCCGGCGCGGGCGCAGGGAGGCGGCCCCGGAGAAGCCCGGGCGCAGCAGCCGGUCAGCCGGGGGGCACUGCCCGCCCGGGCGCUGGAUCCACACCCAAGUCCGCUGAUCACCCUGGAGACCCAGGAUGGCUACUUCUCCCACCGGCCGAAAGAGAAAGUGCGAACAGACAGCAACAAUGAGAACUCAGUCCCCAAAGAUUUUGAGAAUGUCGACAACAGCAACUUUGCACCCAGGACUCAAAAGCAGAAGCACCAGCCUGAGUUGGCAAAGAAGCCCCCCAGUAGACAGAAGGAGCUUUUGAAAAGGAAGCUGGAGCAGCAAGAGAAAGGGAAAGGGCAUUCGUUCCUGGGGAAAGGCACCAACGAGGUGCUGCCUCCCAGUGAGAGAGCCGCAGCCAACAGCAGCCACAGGAAAGAUGUCCCCAGACAGCCCCAUGCCAGAAAAAGUGGAGGCAGCUCCCCUGAGAGCAAGUAUGACCAACCCCUCAAGUGUGACAUCUCAGGCAAAGAGGCCAUCUCCGCCUUGUCCCGCUCGAAGUCCAAGCACUGCCGCCAGGAGAUCGGGGAGACCUACUGCCGUCACAAGCUGGGGCUGCUGAUGCCUGAGAAGGUGACUCGGUUCUGCCCCCUUGAGGGCAAAGCCAACAAAAACGUUCAGUGGGACGAGGACUCGGUGGAGUACAUGCCAGCCAACCCGGUCAGGAUCGCUUUCGUCCUAGUGGUCCACGGCCGUGCCUCUCGGCAGCUGCAGCGCAUGUUCAAGGCCAUCUACCACAAAGACCACUUCUACUACAUCCACGUGGACAAGCGCUCUAAUUACCUGCAUCGGCAAGUGCUCCAGUUCGCCAGGCAGUACGAUAACGUCCGCAUCACCCCCUGGAGGAUGGCCACCAUCUGGGGGGGAGCCAGCCUCCUGUCCACCUAUCUCCAGAGCAUGCGGGACCUCCUGGAGAUGACAGACUGGCCCUGGGACUUCUUCAUCAACCUCAGCGCAGCAGACUACCCCAUCAGGACAAAUGACCAGCUGGUGGCAUUUCUCUCCCGAUACCGAGAUAUGAAUUUCUUGAAGUCACACGGCCGAGACAAUGCAAGAUUUAUCCGGAAACAAGGCCUGGACCGGCUCUUCCUGGAGUGUGACGCCCACAUGUGGCGCCUGGGAGAUCGGCGGAUCCCAGAGGGCAUUGCCGUGGACGGCGGUUCGGAUUGGUUCUUGCUGAACCGGAAGUUUGUGGAAUAUGUGACCUUCUCUACAGACGAUCUGGUGACCAAGAUGAAACAAUUCUACUCCUUCACCCUGCUUCCUGCUGAGUCCUUCUUUCACACGGUCCUGGAGAAUAGCCCCCACUGCGACACCAUGGUAGACAACAACCUGCGUAUCACCAACUGGAACCGCAAGCUGGGCUGUAAGUGCCAGUACAAGCACAUCGUGGAUUGGUGCGGAUGCUCCCCCAAUGACUUCAAGCCGCAGGACUUCCAUCGCUUCCAGCAGACAGCCCGGCCCACCUUCUUUGCCCGCAAGUUCGAAGCCGUGGUGAAUCAGGAAAUCAUCGGGCAGCUGGACUAUUACCUGUACGGGAACUACCCUGCAGGCACCCCUGGCCUCCGCUCCUACUGGGAGAAUGUGUAUGACGAGCCCGAUGGCAUCCACAGCCUGAGCGAUGUGACACUCACCCUGUACCACUCCUUCGCCCGCCUGGGCCUGCGCCGGGCCCAGAAAUCUCUGCACGCAGCCGAGGACAACAGCUGCCGGUACUACCCAAUGGGCCACCCAGCCUCAGUCCACCUCUACUUCCUUGCUGACCGCUUCCAGGGCUUUCUUAUCAAGCACCAUGCUACCAAUCUGGCCAUGAGCAAACUCGAGACCCUGGAGACAUGGGUGAUGCCAAAGAAAGUCUUCAAGAUCGCAAGCCCACCCAGCGACUUUGGGAGGCUUCAGUUUUCUGAGGUUGGCACUGACUGGGAUGCCAAGGAGCGGCUGUUUCGCAACUUUGGGGGUCUCCUGGGGCCCAUGGAUGAGCCAGUGGGUAUGCAGAAAUGGGGGAAGGGUCCCAACGUGACCGUGACUGUCAUUUGGGUGGAUCCCGUCAACAUCAUUGCAGCCACCUAUGACAUCCUCAUUGAGUCCACUGCUGAAUUCACUCACUACAAGCCCCCUUUGAACUUGCCCCUGAGGCCUGGGGUCUGGACAGUGAAAAUUCUUCACCACUGGGUGUCAGUUGCAGAGACCAAAUUCCUUGUCGCACCUCUGACCUUUUCCAACAGGCAGCCCAUCAAACCAGAGGAGGCACUGAAGCUGCAUAACGGGCCCCUCCGCAGCGCCUACAUGGAGCAGAGCUUCCAGAGCCUGAACCCCGUCCUCAGCCUCCCCAUCAGCCCCGCCCAAGUGGAGCAGGCUCGGAGGAACGCCGCCUCCACGGGCACAGCGCUGGAGGGCUGGCUGGACUCGCUGGUGGGUGGGAUGUGGACCGCCAUGGACAUAUGUGCCACAGGCCCCACUGCCUGCCCGGUCAUGCAGACCUGCAGCCAGACGGCCUGGAGCUCCUUCAGCCCCGACCCCAAGUCGGAGUUGGGGGCGGUCAAACCCGAUGGCCGGCUCAGGUAGCACUGGGCACCAGGGGGCCACAGCGGAUCUCAGUGGGAAAGCAGCCAGAGAGGCCAACGGGGCUUGAAUCCUGGCCUCCCACCCCAGGGGAUACCUUUUGUGCAAGGGACUCUCCUGGCCGUAGAAUGAUGGAAAAUGAAGGUUAAGAGGCCAAAGCAGGGUCAGAACACCUGCAUUUGGUAGCUGGCUUCUGAGGGCAGGGAUGGGUCAGUCCUAGUGCCACAGUGGUCUCGCCUCUUCUGGUUGAUCCUCAAGAUCUACAGGUUCCUUGUCUUCCCACUUUAAUGACCAAUCCCCAGGACAAGCAAUUUUCAAACUUUUGUUUUGAGCAGCAGAACUUUGUUUACUAAGCGCAGUGGUAGGUAGAUAUUCAAGGUGCAGAUGAAAUCCAAGCUGCUCUGGUGAGGUUCCUUCUCGAGGCUCAGCCUGCCAGGCAGUCCCUUUGCCAAGGGCAUCUCCCAAGGUACCUGUUCAGACCCCAAGGGCUCUGCAAAAGCCAGUUUGAUAAGCACUGCCCAGACCGUGGUGUGGUCUCCAGCCCCAUCCUUCUGUUCAUCCUUCUGGGAGACUUGUGCCAGUCCCAAAAUGACAGCCAUUGAAAGUCACAGUCAUGGGCCCUCUCCCAGGGAGGUAACAGGCUUGGGAGGGCUCUCAGCCUCCCACCCACCCUUCUCAGGUUGAGCUGUUGCCCUUAGUAACUAACAAAUCGGGAAAGCCUUUUGCCAUGACAUGGCUGAGAUCCACCCAGAAGUGUGACUGCCAAUUGUCCAGUGGCCUGCUUACCCUCCCUCAAGCCUAGCACACAAUGUAGCAGAAAUGGGAUGAUGCUACAUGGGCUGGGAGAGCGAGACCAUGACCUCUUUGGUCCUUGAAAAUGGGAGCUUUGGGGACCGUGGCCAGGAAACUCACAAAAUUGCUUGGAGCCAAACUCUGGACCUGGCCAGCACAGAGGUCCUUCGGGUCUGAGGUCAGGCACUCACACCCUUUGUGAAUUGCACACUUGGUGCUGCUGGGAGUGACCAAACUGCAUGGACCAGACUUCACAUCCAGGAAAAAGCAUUUCAGAUUUGGUUUUUAAUUUCAUGCCCUUCCUUAUCUGAGGUGCCAACAGGCCCAUCAGGACAUGCAACGUAAAAGUGGGAAGGUUGUUUAAAAAAAUAAAAGAUAGUAUUAUUAACACUGCUUGAGUUACCAGAAGGCUGAAGGGUUUCCUUGCCAUGUGUCCCCUGUAGGGCCUUCCCUGCUAAUCUGGAGAACCUUUCCCCAGAGGCUCCCUUCCUCCUGGAAUCCCACCUCCCCAAAUGACAGGGCUCCCUUAGAAAAGUCAGCCCCUGGUUGCCAACUACCCUUCCCAUGGAUACAGAGAGAAUACAGUCCUUGUAUUUCUCUCCAUCCCAGGGUUUAAGGUUCUGCAGUAACUCCAGGAUGGCCUGUCAGUCGUGUGGCCCCCUGUCCCUCGCCCAGCAAGGCAGGAUGUCCUAUUGGCAAUGGAGGACAUAGAGAAAGAACACUUUAGAUAUUUAUUAUUUAUAUGUUUUAGUCAAUGACUAAUUAGUAGGUGCUGUUUUUGCAGCUUGUCAAUUAUGUUAUCUUACUAACUGAAGCUGCCUUUAUUCACAAAAGGCUCCCUGUCCCCCACCCCUUGCCACCCCCUCCCCUCCUCCCCCACCAGCCCCCUAGUCUGUCUAUCGGUCUGUCUCUUUCUCUUGCUCUCUCGGUUCCUCUCUCUCUGUGUCUGCCCUACAUUCUCCUUGUCCUCAGAGUAAAGCAGGAGUGUGGACACCACAAGGAGAAAGCUUCGACCAGCGUCAUCCUCUGGCUUGCAGUGGGGUGUCUUGGGGACCACUGGAGUCUCACAUCCCCUUCUGCAGGGUGUUAGCUUCAUCUGUCCCUCCAAUUCCAAGAGUGUUGGAAUUUCUGAGCCACCCCUGUCCCCACGCCAGGCACAGGGAUGUGACAGGCUGAAGACCUGGGGGAGGGGACGCACUGACCAGAAAGCAUGGGCCAUCCCUCCUUCUCUAUCGAUGGCUUCUCGUGUCCCAUCUAACCCUGGUCCUCGAUGUGAUGAUGGCAGAGGGAAACAGAAAAGGGCUUCUUCAGAAGGAGACCCAUCUUAGGAAGAUGGUGGGCAGUCUAGCCAGGAGACCCAGGAGACAGCCACUGUCAACAGUGUUUCCGGGGCCCCUAGUGGUCUUUCAGAAGGUCCCCAUGAUCAGACUCUGUGGGAGCCACGAGCUGGGUGCCACCUCCUCUUUCUGCCCCCGCCCCUGCCUCUGGCCAGGGUUUCUCUGGGCUGCUCAAGUCACCUGGGAGCCUCCCCGUUCACCUUUCUUGCCAGGCAGCCCGGGCUCUGUGCUUUCCGCAGCGUUAUCUGCAGUGGUUUCAGGGACUCAGCCCUGGCGGGUUCCUGUGUACAAUGGGAGCCUGCAGACUCGGAGACGGGGCCCCUCCUGCACCCACUGACAUUUCUGACUUUUCUCCCUCCUGGAACAAGAAGAGAAAUGGCACAGCUAGCUUACUCUGGGAACAGUCCCCUUCCCCUGUGGCUUCACUCCCCACUCCCCACAAUAAUCGGGGAGCUGAGAAGUCACACGGGGUGUUCAUUUGUCUCUGUUCUUGGAUCAGAGAAGAACUUUGCAGCCGUUACAUUUGGUAAAGAAGGAAAAUUUCAAACAAAGCCCCAGCAUGAUUUGAGAAAAGGGGCUGUUUUCCCAGGGAAAAUAGUGUAACUCCUUUUUUUUUUUUUUUUUUUUUUGCCUGAGGAUGAUUUAUUUGUCAGAGACCAUUGGUCAGGCAGCCUUAGAGCUACGGCUGCCCGAGGAUUUCAAAAGCAUAGACUGUGGUCCCUGGAAACCCUAUUGCCAUCUGCAAAGGCACAGCAACUGUGAGCUGAGCCACUGGCUAGGUCCCUGGAAACUUGGGAAGGCUUACACACAGGACUCGGGUUGGAUUGUGGGGAGAAGGAAGCAUUCGAUAGCCCUGUUGACGAUUUCCCAUCCACCCAGUGGUGUUCAGGCAGAAACUGGGCUCAGUAGACAGCCAACCUUCCCAAAUCUUGCUUCCCAGGCCGUGCAUAAAGUGUAUGUCUCCAACAGAAAGGGAGCAAUUCCUGAGGCCUCUGGGUUUUAAAAAGUGCACUGGUUCCUCCCUUUGAAGAAAAGCCUUUCUGGAGGGAUCAGGAGUCAUCCUGGCUUUGUUUUUCAUUGUUAGUUUAACUUUUAAACUGCAAGUGGAGUUUAGAGGGAAUGAGCAAGACCACACAACUUCUCAUCCCAAAGGGGUGGAUUACAAGCCACUCUGGGCAGAGGCCUGGGUGUGUGAGGACCUUUUUCCAACUUCUCUAGUUUGCAGAUGCAGGAAAAACACUGGCUGGAACCUUGACCUGUCUGCCAAGAAGGUGCAGAGUAGAGGGGUGCAGUAGCCACAGGGUGUGGGGCAUGAGCCAAGACCCACUUUCACAACCAAGUUCACUGAGGAUUUGGGACACCAGCUCCCCAGCAGCAUCCCGGGAUGGGUUGGGUACGCUGGAAGCAGCUGUCAGCACACUUAAGGUGGGCCCUCCAAAUCAAAGCCACACUCUGUGGUAGGGGUCACAAAUGCUUAGAGAGUGCAGGACACUAACACAGAUGAGUGAAACUGUUGGUAUAAGACAAAAGGGAGUGGUGGGGACUGUGGUCUUACCAGCAUGCAAGUGACCCCUGUAGAAAGAGUGGCCUCUGCUCAGUUGUAGCCUGUCCUUGCACAUAAGAAUACAAGCACAGUGUAGUGGAAUCUUCCAAUUUGGUAAAAGAGGACAGAAAUUCAGGUUUUUACAGAAAAUCUUAUUUUUCAACUUCGUUUUUUUUUUUUUUUUCUUUUUAACAGAGUGUAGGCAAAGAAAAAUCUCACAGUUCUGUGUGUACGCUGCCAGCAACCUCUCCUUUCUGGAGAGGUGGUUUAAAAUGAGGUUAGGCAUUGCCCUAGUGCAGGAGGGGGAAAGUCAGCAUUAGGUAUGGGCAAAAAUAAUAGCUCUUGUUGAACUCUGAAGGGAAUAGGGAAUGAUGACCAUGUGCUGAAGGAACGAAGGCACAGAAUUUGGAGAUCUGGACUGCUGUCCCUUAGACAUACCGAGGUCCAUCUCUGGCUGGGUCACACUUCCCAGGAUUCCAUCCAUCCAGGCAGAAGUGGCAAGGACAGGCUCCAGGAAGAGGGGAGUGGUGUGGGGACAGCCGGGCUCCCACCAAAUCCCAAGUUUGGGCAGCCCUCUUUAGAGCCCACACGGAGCUGUGCUUGCUCAUGGGAUGUCCUCUUUGUUUCUGCCUCAGUUACCUUACUUUGCCCAUGGGUCUAUCACAGGCGCUACCUCAUUGUGUCUGCUGAGAAGUUUACCUGGGGGGAUAAAGGUGUCCAAAUCUGCUUGAGCUGAAUGUACGAUCUAUGCAAAUUCUCUCUCUCUCUCUCUCUCUCUCUCCCUCUCUCUCUCUCUCUCUCUGCCUCUCUGUCUCUCUCUCUCUAACUUAGAAGUAUUAUUUUUUUUUACCUUGCAAACAAGAUAUUGUAUAGGACCCUCUUAAAACUGAGGAGGGCUUUCAUGCACCACCUGUGUCUACCCCUCACGUUGUCUUUGGUUCUGUUCUUGCCAAGCCCCGUGCAGGGAGAAAGCGACCUCUCUUCCCCUCCAUUUGGCUGGGAAUACUGCAGCUGCCUCUGCCUGCAGACACCACCAGAAAGCAGGCUCUGUCCCUUGCCAGCACCCUUCCUAAUGCCAUCAACUCCAUUUCUCAUUUUCUUUCGACUUGCUUCUCCCAUCCCCACCCCCACCCCCCUUUAAAAAAAAAAAAAAAAAAAAGCCUUAGGUUUCUCCUUUUUGAAAUGUGGCCUUAAAAUUAUUUUUGGAAAGCUGGCCUUCCUCCCCCUCUGAUUUCCACCAACAUCACAGAAGUGAGAGCAUCCUGGUGCUCCUAAGCGAGGGGCUGCUGAUCUGUAGUUUGCAGAUGCGAUAGAAAUUGCUUACAAAUGUCGUCUCUUAAGAAAAUGAUCCCAUAUUUUUCCUAUGAGUAAAAGGAAGGCUUGGGUGCCCAUCCCAACCUUAGCCAGCUCAUGAAACACUCUCUCAGAGCAUAAUGGGCCGGCUUAAUUAACAGCAGUGUGCUCGCAUCGGCUUUCCAAACCUCCCCUCCUCCCAAGACGGGGUGACUUUACGUACUUCAUUCGAGGAUAAAUCAGGAGGGUUUCUCAAUUUAUCUCUUCGUCCUUCCUGCCUGGAAAGUGAUAGCAUUAAAUAUUCCCAGCGGUUGGGUAGUGUUCUUAAAGGGAUCACCCUCUUUCUACCUUCAGACCCUACCCCUUACCCCCCCGUCACUCCAGUGCUGAUGGAGGCCAAAGACAACCCAAGGGUUUUCAUAAGAAAUUCACUGGAAUUGAGCGCAAUUGUCUUUGUAGUCCUUGUGUCUUUUUCCUUAUUUUAAAUAUAAUGUUGUCAAUAGCAUUUGUUUAGGUUUUUGUUUUAGUGGUCUCACAAUAAGUUAUUACUGUCUCUUCAUUGUUGUCAAAGACAUGGUGAUAUAGUUUUUAAAAAUAACUAUUUUGUUAUAGAUCAUAAUAUGCAUAAAACUGUACAGAAAUAUUUUGUAAUGUAUUGAUUUUAAAAAAGAGAAUCUGUAAAUAAAGUUUUAAAAAGAACAGAGAACUCAAAUGGCACACACUGAAAGAUGUAGAUAUUUUGCUAUUUAUUUAAAGGAGUAUUUUCAGAGAUAUUGAACUAUCUGAAAUUGACCAAUAAUCAAAGUUCCAAUCAUACAAACACUUGCUCCUCAAGAUAGAAUGUGAUUCUCGGAAACAAUUACAUUACCUGCCCGGUUUUGCACAUUUUCCGUCUUUUCAUUUAGCAGAAAAACAACAAUGACAACAACAAAAUUGUGCCUUAGCUGUAUUUUUUUGUCUAGGGAAGUUUGUUUCUGUCUGACAAAGCAAAAGUUUUUGCAGAAAACAGUUGAUGUAUUAAAUACUGUAUCAUACCAAAAACACUGCAGGUGUAUAUAUAUGCUUUCUGUCAUACUGUGUUUUCAGAUGCAGAAUUUUAAAAUAAAAA